UCAAUAAAAUGUGUAGAGGAUUUCAUUCAACAUAAAAUGCCUCACUUCGUUUUCCUUGCAAAAACCUACGUUGGUGACCCAGAUGCCCUAGGACGGGGGUCGGCAACCUGCGGCUCCCGAGCCAUUUGUGGCUCUUUCACCUCUGUGCUGCGGCUCCCUGUGGCUUUGGGAAAUAAUUGGUCAGUAUUUAAUUAAAAUGUAUUUUAUGUUAGUUUGUUAGCUUUUGAAAUGUAAUUAUGGUGAUCUUGUACAUUUCCUGCCACAUCCGAAACGGCUCACAAUUAGCCGGCAUUCCGGCUAAGGGAGAUAGCCUACAGGGGUUUGUGAGUACGCGUCUUUUGCAGCAUCUGCGUCCAUGGGGGCUGGGUUGAGGGAGGCUUAAAAGCAAGGCUGUUUAGUUCGAAUAAAGCUAUCUUUGACUGCAGUUUACUGACACCGCUACAACGUGUUUUUAUCGCUGGCUGUCCAGACGGAAGGUGCUGAAACGCUUUGUCGCGUGUCUGGAAGAAGUGAAAACUUUCCUGGGCAGCAAAGGGCUCACCUUUCCUGAGCUGGAACAGCCAGAGUGGCUGGAAAAGCUACACUUCAUGGUAGACAUGACAGCGCACCUGAACACGCUGAACACAGCUCUUCAGGGGAAAGGACGUACAGCCCUGCACAUGUUGGAGGAUGUUUUGGCAUUCGAGCGCAAGUUGACAGUGCUUGCCAGAGAUUUACAGAAAGGCACUUUGUCUCACUUCCCCAAUUUGAGAGAGUUCAAACAAGGUCACGACAUGAUAAUUUCGGAGUAUUUACAUUCUGCAAUCAUCGCAAUGCAAACAUCGUUUGGGAAACGCUUCUGUGAGUUCAGAGAGGAAAAAAACACAUUAUCCUUCCCGGUCACUCCCUUAAGCAUCGAUCCUUCCCUACUGAAUACGACUGCAUUGGCAGGUGUGAGUCAACCUGAUCUUGAGAUGGAACUGGCCGACAUAGCCGACAAAGACAUAUGGGUGUCCAAGUUUAGACGCUUGACAGCAGACCUUGAAGAUGUUGCCCGUCAGAAGGCCGUUCUUGCUCAGAAACACAAAUGGAGUGAUAUUGAAAACCUCACAGAUGACAGCUUGCGAUCCUGUGUAAAGAUGAAGGUGACAUCAUACAGCCCUGAUGUGCAGACGCUGUGCGCUGAGGUCCAGGAGCAGAAAUCCCAUUAACCAAGAUGACAGCUGGCUGACGUUAUUUUUGGUUUGCUGCUGGCGGAAAAUUUAAGUUCGGCGUUUUUCAUAAAUACAAGAAGGACUCAAAUAGACAUUGAAUAUUUUACUUAAAAGUAACUUUCAACCCAACGUCUUUUUUUCGGAGUUCAAAAUGUUUUUGUUGCAUGCAGAAAUGUAAUUUCGUUUUCUCUGCAGGAGUUCAUCAAUUUCAUAAAUGCAACACAUUAUAGUUUGUUUAUACAUAGCAUAAAGGCAAAAAAAAACGUUGUAUGCAGUGUUAUUUCAUUUUAAAUGUCAAACGGGUUUUGCGGCUCCCAGUGUUUUCUUUUCUGUGGGAAACGGGUCCAAGUGGCUCUUUCAGUGGUAAAGGUUGCUGACCCCUGCCCUAGGAUGAUUCCAGAGUUAGGGAACAUAUCGACCAAUGUAGUCGCUUUGAAACUGCCAGAGUUUUG